AUGGACAGGAAAAGAGGAACUUUGCCAGUACUGCCUCUAUCCCAAGAAAGAGAAAUGAAAACUUAUAUCCCCCUUAAAGGGGAAACAAAAAAGAAGUUCAAGGAUCCCAAUGCUCUCAAGAGGCCUCCCUCAUUCUUUUUCUUGUUUUGUUCUGAGUAUCGCCCAAAAAUCAAAGGAGAGUAUCCGGGCCUAUCCAUUGGUGAUGUUGCAAAGAACCUGGGAGAGAUGUGGAAUAACACUGCUGCAGAUGAGAAGCAGCCUUAUGAAAAGAAGGCUGCUAAGCUGAAGGAAAAAUAUGAAAAGGAUAUUGCUGCAUACCGAGCUAAAGGAAAGCCUGAUAUGGCAAAAAAGGGAGUUGUCAAGGCUGAAAAGAGCAAGAAAAAGAAGGAAGAGGGGGAAGCAGAGGAAGAUGAGGAUGAGGAGGAGGAAGAAGAUGAGGAAGAAAAUGAUGAUGAUGAAUAA